ACAAGCAAAAAAGCAACCAACAACAACAGUAACCACCGAAGCCGAACCACAACUGAAAAUUGCAGCAACUACAGCUACAGCUCAGCUGUCUUUCGCUCUCUUUAAACAACAUACAACUGUAAACGUGUCGUUAUCGCGACUUUAAGCUGUGCCUGGCUGUGCCUCUCUCGAUCGCUCGCUAAACUAAAUUGCUCUGUGUGUGCGUCGUAAUCGUCAUCGCGUUGUGUUGCGUGCGUGCGUGUUCCUGUGUGAGUGUGCAUCUUCGUGUGUGCGUGUGUGUGUAUCACCAAAGUGAAGGUGUGCGUGGCGCUUGGGUGUGUGAGAGUACGAGUAAGAGUACGAGAGUGCGUUUUGAGACGCGUCGUCGGCUAUGUCAAGGGGCAUAGAUGCGCUAAUAAAAGCGGUGCUCUACCUUGAGCAGAAUGAGAAGCCCACGCAGACGGGAGGAGGUGGAGGUGCUGCUGGAAUAGGCUUAGUGCCACAGCCGAUACCGGUGCACUGCAUCAAUGGGAAUGUCGGUUAUCGGAGCAGCAAGAGCAUCGGUAUUCCCACUAACAACAACAGCGCGAGUCAGCACAAUAGAAAUACUACGGGGAGUAACGGCAUCAUUGGCAGCAUUGCCACAGCAGCAGCAGCAGCAUCAUCGUCAUCAUCGUUGUCGGGUUCCGUGUAUGCAAACGGAAAUAGUAACGGUAACGGCCACCACACCAGCAGCAGCAGUAGCUGUGGCAGCAACAGCAACAGUCCACGCAGUCAAUUGGUGGCCGGAGCUCGAGCUGGCCAUGAUUACGAGUACGUUGGCAGCGUCAGCGUCGUUGCACCCCCCGCCACUGCAGCCCAUGGACAAUUGGAGGCGUCAUCGCUGCGCCACAGCGAAGGUCGCAGCAUUAUCUCGGAGGAUGAAAAUUCCUCGUCCAACUCCAACAACUCCUACUCCCAACAACAACUGCAGCAGCAGCAGCAACAACUAAUUGCCACAUCAAUAGCAGCAGGCAGAGCUGCAGCAGUGGCUGUGGCAGCGGCAGCGGCAGCAAGAGGCAGCAGCCCCGCCUCCAACACUGCAACGUCUCCCCCCAAAUCUCCCACCUCCAACGCCACUUCAGCCGCCGCUGCCGCCGCCUCCGUUACUUCUUUCAUACUGCGGGCGAAUGCCAAUGGUAGUGCCCCAACCUUCAUCCAUCAGGCUGCCAAGCACAAGCUGAGCAACGGCAACGGCAACGGCAAUGGCAAUGGCAAUUCGAAUGGUAGCAGUGGCAGUGGCAGUGCCAGUGGCAGUGCCAGUAGUGGUGGAUCAGAGAUUCCGCGCAAAUAUCUGCUGGUGUCGGAUGGCAAGGGCACCGUUUACCCGGCACCAGACAGCGGCUCCAACUCCACCUCCGCAGCGCCAGGAGCAGGAGCCUCCUCGGCUUCUGCCUCGGCCUUUCCGUUGGGUGCCAGCCAUGGGGUAGGCAGUGCCGGGCGCCUGUCUGAUUUGCAAAAUGCCAUUUGGCAGGAGAGUCAGCGGCACCAUCCGCACCACCAUCACCAGCAGCAGCAGCAAAAGCAGGUCCUGGGGAAGUCAGGGAUACCACUCACCCCGCCACCGAUGUCCACACGCAAAGUGGCCGACCCGAAUGCCCGUAUACGUUCGUACUCACUCUCCUCCCAUAAAUUUCCAGCGCCCGCUCAGGGCGACAGCCACCAGCAGCAGCACCAUCACCCACUUGGCUACAUGAACGGCGGACGGGUGGUGGGUGGAGCGGCGGGCGCAAGCAGCUCCUACCGCCAGUUAAUCAAUGUUCAGGCAGCAGCGAGUGCGGCAGCAGCAGCCGCCGCAGCAGCGUCAAUGGCCAGCAGCUCCUCUGUAUCGACAUCGGCGCCAGCGGUGGGAUCUCAACUAAGCCACGGCGGCCGCAGGCGCACGACUAGCUCCAACAGCAACGGAGCUGGCAAUCGGGAAGUGCACAACAAGCUAGAGAAGAAUCGUCGGGCACAGCUGAAGGAGUGCUACGAUCAGCUGAAAAGGGAACUACCCAUGGGUGACGAGGAUCGCAAGAAGACCUCCAAUUUGAUAAUACUCGAUACAGCCCAUAAAUAUGUCAAGGAAUUGACCAAGCGUGGUCGCGAACAGGAGGCGGAGGUGGAGCGUCUGGCCAAGCAGAAGAUUGAGCUGCAGAAGCGAUUGAAUAGUUUGAGAAGGGACACGGACCAGCAGAGCAUUCCACUGAAUGAAAAAGCCGUUUGCCUGGCGGCCGGUUCAUCAGCAUCCGCUACAUCCAGUGGACGCAGCGGAACAACAAUACUGUUUGAUGCCACAACAGCCUCUGUCUGUGCAACUGGGCUAACAACUGUGAUAAGCAAAACGAAUGCAACAACAACAGCAGCAACCGCCGCAGCAGCAGCAACAGCAGGAGCUGCAGUAGGAGCUGGAACAGGAGCAGGAGCAGGAGCAGGAGCAGGAACCAUCUCCAAGCAAAUCUCCUCUUCCAGCGUUAAAGCUGUGGCUGUCGCACCUUCUGGCAAUCACUUGAUCCCCGGUAAUGGAAAUGGGAAUGGAACCGCAACCGCAACCGCAACCGGAACCGGAACAGCCAUCAUGACAAUUAAGAACGGCAGCAUUUUGGCCAUCUCACCUACGGCCAUUCUGCAGCAGCAUCAUCACUCCCAGCACAGCAGUCCGGCGGGCAGUCCCACGAGUGUGACAAUGGGUGCAACCACAACUCGUGGAUCGCCCACACCAUCGACACCGUCGCCAUCGCCCAGCUCCUCAUCGAGCGGCGUCUCGUCGUCGGCCUCUUUCAUGAGCUCCUCAUCAUCAUCGUCAUCCUCCUCCUCAUCUUCGUCGUCGUCGUCCAGCUCAUCGUCAAGCUCCUCUUCGUCGCCCACACAGACGACGACUGCGCAUCUAUUGGGAUCGCGCAGCGUUGGCCUAAAGUACCAUGGGGCCGCAGGCGGCCCUGGUACCGCACUGAAUGGAGGCGCCACCAUAGUGGCCACCGCAGUGCCAUCAGCUGCGGGAUCAGCGAAUGGUUUCCAUCAGGCGGAAAAGGAUCGUAGUUACAAUUUCUUGACGCUCAGUGCUGGCACAACGGCGCAGUAAUUUGUGGAGGAAGAAGCAACAGCCAACAAACCAACAAUUACAACAACUAUAACAAUAAAAACAACAACAACAGCAACAACAACUGAAUUGUGUGCAACAGCUCCCACCUUAUAAAAAAAAGUAAAAGCACCUACAACAACAAUGAGAACAUACGAUGAAACCAAUGAAAGAGCAAAUGAUGAUUGUUCUUCAAGAAUCUUCUACAUUUCUUUCUCAACAACAGCAACACCACUUGGCACACACAAACACACACACGUAUAAAAUUUCAACAACAGCAAACAAUUACAUUUGUUGUAACAACAACAACAAACAGUUCCGCCCAACAUUUAGCAUCGAUUUUGAAAAUCAUUGAGUAAAAGAGAACAAAGAAAUAUGGAGGGAGAUAGAGCAAAGUUAUUUUUUAAUAGAUGAUUUUACACAAAAACAAGCGGCAGUAGAACGAACACAGUGGGAAAAUAGACACACACACACACACACACACUCAAGCAAACAACAUGUGCAACAAUAAUCAAAAAGGCGGCACAACAUGUGCAACAAUAAUCAACAACAACCAGACCAAACAUAUGAAGCAAUCACAGCAGAUCAACAAUAAAAAGUUACACCAACAUCAAGAGCAACAACAAAAAUCAACAACAACAGAAGCAAGAAUAAAAAACACCAGCAAAAUGAUUACCAACUAAAUAUAGAAGCAGUAAUAGAAAGCAUUAGCCAAGAGCUAACA